GGAGGCGGCGCGGGCGGCGGCGCGAGCAGAGGACGAGCCGGGACGCGGCGCCGCGGCAGCAGGGCGAGCCGGGCCGCCCGACCCGCCGGGCCAUACGGCAGAGCCACCUGAAGGCCAGCGCAGAGGCAGCAACUCUCCUCGGGGGCUUGACAUCAGGAUCUAUGUUUAAGUUUUAGCUCUUGCUUACAAAGACCACAACAACUCCAUCUCUGAAGCCCAGCAGCUCCACAGAACCCUCGAAGCCCCAGCCUGCCUCCCACUGCCUAGCUGCCAGCAAUGCCCUCCAGCGGCCCCGGGGACACCAGCAGCUCCACUCUGGAGCGGGAGGAUGACAGAAAGGAAGGAGAGGAACAGGAGGAGAAUCGUGGCAAAGAAGAGCGCCAGGAACCCAGCACCACGGCCCGGAAGGUGGGGAGGCCUGGCCGGAAGCGCAAGCACCCACCGGUGGAGAGCAGUGACCCACCCAAGGACCCUGCAGUGACCAGCAAGUCUCAGCCCAUGGCCCAGGACUCUGGCUCCUCAGAUCUGUUACCCAAUGGAGACUUGGAAAAGCGAAGUGAGCCCCAACCUGAGGAGGGGAGCCCAGCUGCAGGGCAGAAGGGUGGGACCCCAGCUGAAGGAGAGGGAACUGAGACCCCACCAGAAUCCUCCCGAGCUGUGGAGAAUGGCUGCUGCACAACCAAGGAGGGCCGUGGAGCCUCUGCAGAAGAGGGCAAAGAGCAGAAGCAGACCAACAUCGAAUCCAUGAAAAUGGAGGGCUCCCGGGGCCGACUGCGGGGUGGUUUGGGCUGGGAGUCCAGCCUCCGUCAGCGACCCAUGCCAAGACUCACCUUCCAGGCAGGGGACCCCUACUACAUCAGCAAACGGAAACGGGACGAGUGGCUGGCACGAUGGAAAAGGGAGGCUGAGAAGAAAGCCAAGGUGAUUGCAGUGAUGAAUGCUGUAGAAGAAACCCAGGCCUCUGGGGAGCCUCAGAAGGUGGAGGAGGCCAGCCCUCCUGCCGUGCAGCAGCCCACUGACCCUGCGUCUCCUACUGUGGCCACCACCCCUGAGCCAGUGGGGGCUGAUGCUGGGGACAAGAAUGCCACCAAAGCAGCUGACGAUGAGCCUGAGUAUGAGGAUGGCCGGGGUUUUGGCAUUGGAGAGCUGGUGUGGGGGAAACUUCGGGGCUUCUCGUGGUGGCCAGGCCGGAUUGUGUCUUGGUGGAUGACAGGCCGGAGCCGAGCCGCUGAAGGCACUCGCUGGGUCAUGUGGUUUGGAGACGGCAAGUUCUCAGUGGUGUGCGUGGAGAAGCUCAUGCCACUGAGCUCCUUCUGCAGUGCGUUCCACCAGGCCACCUACAAUAAGCAGCCCAUGUACCGCAAAGCCAUCUACGAAGUCCUCCAGGUGGCCAGCAGCCGUGCUGGGAAGCUGUUUCCAGCUUGCCAUGACAGUGACGAAAAUGACUCUGGCAAGGCUGUGGAGGUGCAGAACAAGCAGAUGAUUGAGUGGGCCCUUGGGGGCUUCCAGCCCUCUGGUCCCAAGGGCCUAGAGCCACCAGAAGAGGAGAAGAAUCCAUACAAGGAAGUUUACACAGACAUGUGGGUUGAGCCUGAGGCAGCUGCGUAUGCACCACCCCCACCAGCCAAGAAGCCCAGAAAGAGCACCACAGAGAAGCCUAAGGUCAAGGAGAUCAUUGAUGAACGCACAAGAGAGCGGCUAGUGUAUGAGGUGCGGCAGAAGUGCAGAAACAUCGAGGACAUUUGUAUCUCAUGUGGAAGCCUCAACGUUACUCUGGAGCACCCACUCUUCAUUGGUGGCAUGUGCCAGAACUGUAAGAACUGCUUCUUGGAGUGCGCGUACCAGUACGACGAUGACGGGUACCAGUCCUAUUGCACCAUCUGCUGUGGGGGGCGUGAGGUGCUCAUGUGCGGGAACAACAACUGCUGCAGGUGUUUUUGUGUCGAGUGUGUGGAUCUCUUGGUGGGGCCAGGAGCUGCCCAAGCAGCCAUUAAGGAAGACCCCUGGAACUGCUAUAUGUGUGGGCACAAGGGCACCUAUGGCCUGCUGCGGAGACGGGAAGACUGGCCAUCAAGGCUCCAGAUGUUCUUUGCCAAUAACCAUGACCAGGAAUUUGACCCUCCAAAGGUUUACCCACCUGUCCCAGCUGAAAAGAGGAAGCCCAUCCGGGUGCUAUCUCUGUUCGAUGGAAUUGCUACAGGGCUCCUGGUGCUAAAGGACCUGGGCAUCCAAGUGGACCGCUACAUUGCCUCAGAGGUGUGUGAGGACUCCAUCACGGUGGGCAUGGUGCGGCACCAGGGAAAGAUCAUGUACGUCGGGGACGUCCGCAGCGUCACACAGAAGCAUAUCCAGGAGUGGGGCCCAUUUGAUCUCGUGAUUGGUGGCAGUCCCUGCAAUGACCUUUCCAUCGUCAACCCUGCCCGGAAGGGACUUUACGAGGGUACUGGCCGGCUCUUCUUUGAGUUCUACCGCCUCCUGCAUGAUGCGCGGCCCAAGGAGGGAGAUGACCGCCCCUUCUUCUGGCUCUUUGAGAAUGUGGUGGCCAUGGGCGUUAGUGACAAGAGGGACAUCUCGCGAUUUCUCGAGUCCAACCCUGUGAUGAUUGACGCCAAAGAAGUGUCUGCUGCACACAGAGCCCGUUACUUCUGGGGUAACCUUCCUGGUAUGAACAGGCCAUUGGCAUCCACUGUGAAUGAUAAGCUGGAGCUGCAGGAGUGUCUGGAACACGGCAGAAUAGCCAAGUUCAGCAAAGUGAGGACCAUUACCACCAGGUCAAACUCCAUAAAGCAGGGCAAAGACCAGCAUUUCCCCGUCUUCAUGAAUGAGAAGGAAGACAUCCUCUGGUGCACUGAGAUGGAAAGGGUGUUUGGCUUCCCUGUCCACUACACAGAUGUCUCCAACAUGAGCCGCUUGGCGAGGCAGAGACUGCUGGGCCGAUCGUGGAGUGUGCCGGUCAUCCGCCACCUCUUCGCUCCGCUGAAGGAAUAUUUUGCUUGUGUGUAAGGGACGUGGGGGCAAACUGCAGUAGUGAUGAUAACAAAGUUAAACAAACAAACAAAAAACAAAACACAAUAAAACACCAAGAACGAGAGGACGGAGAGAAGUAUCAGCACCCAGAAGAGAAAAAGGAAUUUAAAACAAACCGCAGAGGAGGAAAUGCCGGAGGGCUUGGCCUUGUGAAAGGGUUGGACAUCAUCUCCUGAGUUUUCAAUGUUAAUCUUCAGUCCUAUUUAAAAAUCAAAAUAGGCCCUCCCCUUCUUCCCCUCCUUUUCCUAGGAGGUAAACCUUUUGUUUUCUACUCUUUUUCAGAGGGGUUUUCUGUUUGUUUGGGUUUUUGUUUCUUGCUGUGACUGAAACGAGGGUUAUUGCAGCAAAAUCAGUAACAACAGAAAGUAGUGAUACCUUGGACAGGAAAGGGAGAGAGGAAAAAUUCUAUAAAAAUUUAUAUAUUUUU